UUGUAAACUCCAUAAACAAUGGCUGCAAUAAGGACGAGGUUUCGACAUGACAUUUUCAUUAUCAAUUUUUUCUACAUCUUAAUAUAACACGAGUAUAAAACAAUGGUGAAAACACGGAGAAGCUUUGAAGCUUCAAAUGCUUCUCCCAUCGUGGCUGAAAGACGCUCAACAAGAGAGAGGAAAAACAACAGAAUAUUGGAGGAGGAUUCUACUGAUGAGAGUGCAAUGGAAAAAGCGCCUAUUUCUUCAAGAAAACGUCUUCGUUUUAACAAAGAAGAUCUUACCAGGCAUGAAGAUAGUAACAAGAAACUUGGAAAGACUAAAAGGCAAGAUGUUGGCAGUCCAGAGAUCUUAAGAUCAACAAGAGGCCGCCGGAAAGGACAAAGGCUUAACACACAACCAAAAGAUGAGCGACACAAUAAAACCUUGGGCAAGGCUGGUCAACGAAGACGACGACCACCAGUGGAACAAGAACUCAUUGAAGACGUCCUGCCUUCAAUUAGGCGCAGUUGCCGGCAAAGACGAGGAGUUUAUGAUACUUUGAACGUAAAAAUGUUGACGGACCACAGAUAUAUUCACACUUAUGAAAGCUUUCCUGCGGUAGAAGUCAAGGAACAAACAGAAGAACAAGCUUUAGAGGACGCACUCGAUGACCAGGAUGGCAAUAUGUAUGAUCACGUCAAACGUAGACAUGAAACACCAACUCCAGAGAAGAGGCCACGCGGUGUUGAUGAUGAUGAUGGAGAUGAUGAAGAUGAUGAAGAAGAGGAUGAGAAUGACAGUGAUGAUGAUAGUGAUGAUGAGGAAGAUGACGAAGAGGAGGAAGAUGAGGAAAGGCAAAGUAGAAAAUACUUGUUAAGGACGCGAAAACCAGUAGUUAACAGAUAUAUUGCACCUCCUAUGAAAACAAGCAGAGGGAAGAAGGAAUAUCACAUUUCAUUAAACAAGAAGCACCUGCGUAACCAUCCACCUCAUGCUUCUCCAGUAAGAAGAAUCCAUUUACACAAACGAAAGGCUAUAAAUAUGAGUUCUUCUACAUCUUCAGAGGAUUCUUGUGGUGAGAAAGAUGAACAAAGAUUUGAGCGCAGAAAGAACAAGAGCAUGGCAAAAGCCAGACAUCGUGCCUUGCCGAUGAAUCUUACUAUUGAAGACAUAUCUAAAGGCAUUCUAAGAGAUAGAGAUAGGGUUGGUUCUAGUUUAGCUGAUGUUGAUCCUAUGAUGAUUGACAGUAAGGUGAAAUUUGACUCUGUCGGUGGGCUAGGCAAACAGAUUAGGGCCUUGAAAGAAAUGAUUCUCUUUCCAUUGAUGUAUCCCGAGGUGUUUGAAAAAUUCAAAAUUAACCCUCCAAGAGGUGUGCUAUUCUAUGGACCCCCAGGGACUGGCAAAACACUUGUUGCCAGGGCAUUGGCUAAUGAGUGUAGUCAAGGUGAUCAUAAGGUUGCCUUCUUCAUGAGAAAAGGUGCUGACUGCCUUAGUAAGUGGGUAGGAGAAUCUGAGAGACAGCUACGCCUGCUGUUUGAUCAGGCAUAUGCUAUGAGACCAUCGAUAAUCUUCUUUGAUGAGAUUGAUGGCCUUGCACCAGUUCGUUCAAGCCGUCAGGAUCAAAUCCAUAGCUCUAUAGUAUCAACCUUGCUUGCAUUGAUGGAUGGCCUCGAUAGUAGAGGAGAAGUGGUGGUUAUAGGCGCUACCAAUCGCAUUGAUGCUAUUGACCCUGCUCUUAGAAGACCUGGAAGAUUUGACAGAGAGUUUCAGUUUCCAUUACCUGACAAAGAUGCAAGGAGGUCCAUUCUUUCCAUCCAUACUCGAGAAUGGGAACCAAAGCUCUCUCAAGCAUUUAUCAAUGAACUAGCUGAUCACUGUGUGGGAUACUGUGGUGCAGACAUUAAAGCUCUUUGUACAGAGGCUGCACUCUUUGCUCUGAGAAGGCGAUACCCACAAGUCUACAACAGCAGUAAGAAACUCCUUCUAGAUGUAAAUUCUAUUGAGCUUACUUUUAAAGACUUCUUCAGGGCUACCAAGAAUAUUGUGCCUGCUUUCCAGAGGUCUAUAGCUUCUCCUGCAAGAGCGCUGUCAGAAAUUGUACAACCUCUUCUUGAAAACACAUUCAUCAAGACAUUGGGGAUUUUGGCCAAGAUUUUCCCCCAGGCAAACACCAAGAAAGCUCUUGAAAGUCCACCCAAUCAAGCCUCAAGUUCUAGAAAUGACCAGAGAUCAAAGACUGCAGCUUCCGUGAGUGAUGAUGAUUUAAGCUCAGAAGAUGACGAUGAUGAUGUUGGUCCAAGCAUUUAUGAUCCUGCUAGUCUUGUUGCAACUGGUGCAUCACUGAGCAGAAGUGAGCGCUAUAUGCGGCGUAGACAUCGGCUGCAACCAUCCAAUGAAGAUUUUCCAAUUGGUCCUAAGAGCUUUAGUUUACAUGRUGAGUUGUUGAAGGGUCCAGUGAGCUUCAGGCCCCGACUACUGCUGUCAGGCCAAGAGGGUGGUGGUCAGACCUCUCACCUUGCACCAGCCCUUCUGCAUAGUAUGGAGCAUUUAAGUGUUCAUUCACUUGACCUACCUGCUCUUUUUGGUGUUGCUGCAAGGACUCCUGAGGAAGCCUGUUCACAGCUUUUCAGAGAAGCCAGACGUUCAUCACCAUGUAUUAUAUACAUGCCUCAUAUCCAUUCUCUGUGGAAUGCUACUAGUGAGAGUCUCCAUGCAACACUUUUGUCACUACUUCAAGAUCUUCCACCUUUAUCUCCUAUUCUUCUUCUUGCCACUGCUGAAAAAGACUUAAGAGUCAUACCAAGAGAAAUCCAAAAUCUUUUUUCAACUCAAACUGAACAGGUUGUCCACGUUUGUGUUCCCAGCUCAGAAGAGAGAAAGGCAUUUUUUCACAAGACAUUUUUAGAAUAUGCAUUGUACACUCCAAAAAUGAAAAAAGCCAGAAAGAGCAAAUCACAAGAAGAACUUCCAAUAGCACCUCCCCCUCCCCCUAGACAAUUAUCAGCAGCUGAAUUGAAUAAGAUUCAAAUGGCUGAAGAGAACACAUUGAGAGAGCUGCGCAUCUUUUUGAGAGACAUCCAUCACAAACUCAUGGUGGAUCGCAGAUUCAAGGAGUUUUCAAAACCUGUGGACCUUGAGGAGGUUCCUGAUUAUCUUGAAGUGAUUGAUAAACCAAUGGACCUAUCGACCAUGAUGCAAAAGAUAGAUCGCCACCAGUAUGAUACAUGUGCACAUUACCUGUUAGAUAUUGAUCUUAUUACUAGCAAUGCUCUGAAAUAUAACCCUGAUAGGGAUCCAUUUGACAAGAUUUUGAGACAUAGAGCAUGUGAACUCAGGGAUUUAGCUCAUUCACUGAUUAAAUCACAGCUGGAACCAGAAUUUGAAAAGGCCUGUGAGGAAAUAAUUGAUUCAAGACGAAGAAGAGGUGAGACAUCCUCUGCUUGUGCACCUGCCUAUAUCCACACAUUACCCAGGCAAAGAUCAUCAUCAAGGCAAAAUCAGGAAUGUAAAACUAUUUCUGAGAAUACUGAAAAUCAACCAAACAACGAGGAAACUGCCAUACACACCAACACUGGCAGUAGACAACAGCCUCAUGCUAGAAGACGACGCAAAAAGCCAUACAUGUUUGGUGCCAGACGACGCAUCUACAAGAAAAAAGUUGUCAAGAUCAAUGUGGAAAAGGAAAAUGAUAUCAAUAAGGAAGAGGGUGAAAAUGAAGAUGUUGAGCAAAAUGGGACAGAGGUCACAGAUGGUAGUGGUUUAGAUGAUACUCUAGACACCAGUAUCAACAGUCACAAUCCCCAAAAUGACACAAACAUACAUAAUAAACAAGGUAGCUCCCAAGUUGAAGAUGAAGGGAUUGAAGAGCUGAACAAUGGCUCGCCAAAACAAACAAAUAAAGGUGCUUGUGAUGGUGACAAAGAGGAUGCUACAGUACAAAAUGGGGAUCUUCAUCAACCGGAGUGUGAUCUAAGAGCAAACUGUAGUUAUGCUAGUAAAGGAGAGAAAAGGAGCACCAAGUUCCUGCCAAAUGGUUUGACUGCUACUAUAGCUAUAAGAGAUAUAGCUGAGGAUGAAUCACAGGAGCUAAUAAAUUCUUCAACAAGAGAUAAUAAAGAAAUCCAAGAAAAGGAAAACUCACUAGAUGAAGAAGAAGAAAGUAGACCUGAAGAGAAGCCAGUGGUUCACAGUGAAGAAACAAUAAACAAAUGGAAAGAUGAGCUGCACUCACUAUUAACGCAGGUUGUUGAUAUAACAGAGGGCUAUACUGUGGAGGAACUAGAGAGAUACCACAGUGUACUGCAGCUGUCUAUACACCAGCAUCGACAAUUGGCUGACAAGACUGAACUUAUUAAGGAAUUUAACAACUUAAUAACAGAUUGGAAGUAUGGUGGUGUAAGAUGACCUUGAGAAAGUCAUUGGUUUUUAUUGGUCUUUUACCUGUAAAUACAACUUCAUUGACAGGAAAGUAUGACAUGUUCAAUAACAUCACUAGAAAGGACCCUGAAAGACGGGAUUAAAUUGUCAAAGUGAACUCAGCAAACAACAGUUUUAGAGUUAGUUUUCAUUAGGUAGACUGUCUGGGUUCUUAUGCACACACUUAUAAAUUGAUCUUAUUCAUUUGGCAGUGCAAGGCUACCGUGCAACUUCAUUUACAACAAAGUAUAUUCUGUUAAAGGGAGAAAUGUGAACGUUUGAGCAGAUUCUAUUGUUUAGAUACUCAAUCAUGAUUGGCUAAUUUGCAUGCAAAUUUGUCUGKGUGGCCUUGCUUGGUAUAGUCGCACCGUAAAUUUUUCUGCAUCACAAGAAAGUAAUGUGUGCAUUUCAGGUACGACAGGAAAAGGACCAUUCAAUAAGGUUGUUCAUUUGAUCACUUCUUCUGGCUUGGAAAAAUUUUAAAAUUGGUCCAGGGCUUAAAGUAAUGGCCAGUAAGAUGCUGGGUCAUCAAAUUAGUUUUAGCUUGGUCUAUUACCUCGUUUCUGGCUCAACAAUUGACGGGUCAAUUCUGGGUGGUCAUUUUCCAGUGACCAACCGUUAUUUUAAGCCCUGUGGUCUGACAAUUCUUUACGUAUGAAUGUGUCCAUGAUUUUAGUAUAUUACAUAUUGUGAAAAGACAAAAAGUUUUGCAUCCAAUUCAAAAUUUUAUUUUAUUAUGGUGAUCUAUUUGUUGACUGCAAAACAUGAAUAACUUAAACUGUCAAGCCUUCUUUGUGGAGUACUUUACCUUGGGUCUUGUUGUAGAGACCAUAGUGAUAGCAUUUAUUCAACUUUGUAUACUAGAAUUUAAUAAAGUCGCUAUUUCUAAUUCCA